GUUGUAUUUUGCUUAGACGUCCGAUGAGCUACUUGCUGAAGUCUUUUGCGAGAGAGAUAUUUCCAAGUGGAGUUGGCCUCGUCGAGAGCUAAAGCUCUGUGCCUGCUGCGGUUGGCGGCCGAGGAUCUCUCCAAAGAUCUGGAAAGAGCGAAGACGUCACAAUGGAGCAUGGCCAGCAAGUGUACUGGAAAUGCUGCUCACCUCUUGGUUUUGUGGUUCGGAGAUUCAACAGGCGAACUCCAUCUGAUCAAGGAAGUGCCACAGAGAACGAGCAGCUCGACGGCUUGAAAACCGUGACGAGGAACAAGGGGGGCUGGAAAACUACCCCCUUCAUCAUAGGGAAUGAGAUCUCCGAGAAGUUGGCAAUGAUCGGACUUCAUGUAAAUCUUAUAACGUACCUCGUGCAACAGCUCAACAUGAGCAAUGUUCAGGCGGCUGUGACUCUGACUAACUUCAAUGGCUUGAACAACAUCACUCCGCUGCUGGGUGCGUACGUUGCGGAUGCUCACUUGGGCCGAUACAUGACGAUCAUUAUCGGCUCUCUAACAUAUGCCAUUGGAAUUGUGAUGCUCACAAUCGAUGCAACUUUCUCAUCCCUCCGGCCGCCGCAUUGCAACGUUGCCAAAGAAGUAGCCUGUCAACCGGCGUCGUCAGCUCAAAAGGCCUUCCUUUAUAUCUCCUUCGCGUUCUUCGCGCUUGGCUCCGGAGGCAUCAAGCCUUGCGUUGCCGCGUUUGGAGCAGACCAGUUCGAUCAGAAGAACUUGAAGCAAAGAAAGCAGUCGUUCAGCUUCUUCAACUGGUAUUUCUUCGGCCUGGGAAUUGCCAUUCUUCUGUCCGUCACAGUCAUCGUCUACGUCCAGGAGCACGUCGGAUGGACCUGGGGUUUCGGAAUCCCUGCCAUUGCUAUGGUCAUAUCCGUCAUCUUCUUUCUCGUCGGCUCGCCAUGGUACCGGCACGUUGCACCAAAUGGAAGUCCCUUCAUCAGGCUACUCCAAGUUGUAGCCGCAGCAUAUCGAAAACGCAGAUUAAGCCUGCCGGAAGAUCCCGCACACCUUCACAACGUUGAAGCCGAAACUGGAGUUCGUCUACAACACACGGACCAAUUCAGGUUCCUUGACAAGUCGGCCUGUCCAGCCGAUGAAGACUUCGAAGACGGUAAACCUCUGCCAUGGAGGCUGUGCUCCGUCCAGCAGGUAGAAGAGCUCAAAUGCAUCAUAAGAACCUCGCCUAUAUGGGCCACUGGCAUAGUCUUCACGCUAGCUCACGGCCUCCAAAACACUUUCACCAUCCAGCAAGCCAGAAGUAUGGACCGACACCUGCGCUCUUUCGUCAUACCGCCUGCAACUUUCCACGUCUUCGGAAUCCUGACACUGCUCGCUUGCGUUCCACUAUACGACCGGGUCUUCAUGCCGCUGGCCAGAAAAGUCACGGGCCACGAGCGCGGCAUUACUUUCUUGCAGAGAAUCGGAAUCGGCCUCUUCAUCUCUAUAAUGGCCAUGGUAGUUGCGGCGUUUGCCGAAGGAGCUCGGAGAAAGGCAGCACUAAAUGCCGGACUCCUGGACCACCCCCACCGAACGGUUCCUUUCUCUGCCUUCUGGCUGGCGCCACAGUUCAUCCUUAUCGGCAUGUCCGAGUCUUUCGUAUCCAUCGGACAUCUGGAGUUCUUCUACGAUCAGUUUCCAGAGCAUCUCCGCAGCCUUGCCAGUGCGUUGUUUUCGAGCAUCACUGCGCUGGGUAGCUACCUCAGCAGUAUUCUCGUCACUGUUGUUAACAGAGAGACCUCCCGCGGGGGACGAGUAAGCUGGCUCAGCAACAACCUCAACAAAGGCCACCUUGAUUACUUCUACUGGCUGCAGGCCGUGCUGUUUGCAGUAAACUUCGUCAUAUUCCUGUUUUGCGCUCGCUGGUACAGAUACAAAUCGAUUAUUGCCGACGAAGACAGUCUGGAUUCUGAGAAAGUAGCACUGGAGCUCGUAGCCACUGACAAAUUGGACGACAGUAGAAAAUGACCGACCACGUAGGCUCUUCUGCAAAAACUGCUAAGAGUGUUGAUCGGUUGAAAAGGUCAGGAAACCUGUCACCGCAUAAACGCUCAUCAUGUAAGCAAAGCACGGAUAACUUAACCU